GUAAUAAUAACCUCUUCUACACCAAUUAAUACAGCACGUGAUACACAAUGCAAUUUGGAUUUGUUAUGUUGGCAACACGAACUCGACUCUUGUCGUUUCCACCGAACCUCAACUGAACGCUACCCUAAAAUUUUGUAGGGUAGAGUUCAACUAAACCUUUGGCGUUUCCACCGUACAAGCGCUGACCCCAACCCGACUCUAACCCGACUCUGACCCGAUUUGGACCCUCGAUGGAAACGUAGUCAUUGACGACGACUCCGAUGAUCACCACAUUUUUUUUCUCUGAAAGUGAUAGCGUCAAAAUGGUGUCUAAUGUAUUGCUACGUAUAAGUAGCUCGUAAUUCAAAUAUGAUGAUGUAUUAUCGUGGAAGAACGAUUUUUACGCAUGCCUUAAAACAAUUAAACAAUUAUUUUCAAUUAACUACUUCACGUCAUUUUCAAAAUCCUAAUGUAACCGUACUAAGUGCCAACAAAAAUGUGUGUAACAAUCGCAUAGUUUGGUUAGAUAUGGAAAUGACUGGACUUGAUAUAAAUACAGAUUACAUUUUGGAGAUAGCAUGUUUAAUUACAGAUAAGAAUUUACAAGUUAUAAGUAAAGAUUUAAAUAUAGUUGUACAUCAACCAGAUGAAAUAUUAAAUAAUAUGAAUGAUUGGUGUUUACAAACUCAUAAAAAAGAUUGAUUGAUGCAUCACGUUCAAGUAAAAUCACAAUACAAGAUGCUGAACA